CAGUCCGCUCUGCGCAGGCGCGCCUGGCCGCGGCCCACGUCGAGCGCAGCUGCUUAGGGUGCGGGACUGAGCGGCCCCGGCGGCCAGGACAGGACAGGACCGGCCCGGCCUGGCCUGGCCUCAAGCGGACGGGACCGGCGGCGGUCAGGGGAGGCCGACCAGAAUUAGCGGCGUUGCCGGACCUGCCUCUGAACCUCCGGGCCGGCGGCGAGGAUGGGCGGCCCGGGCCUCCCGCGCGCCGCGCUGCUGCUGCUGCUGCUGCUGCUGGGCCGCGGCGCCGAGGCCAAGCUGGACGACUUCGAGGACGGCGCCGACGACCUGGCCGACUACGACGACAACGACUUCGCCGAGUUUGAGGACGGCGGGGAGGACGCGGGCCCGGACGCGCCCCGGCGCCCCACCGCCCCCGAGGACGACGAGGACGACGAGGCCACCGUGGAGCUGGACGGGCCCGCCGACCACCAGGAGGACUUCGAAGACGCCGACGUACAGGAGGGAGACGCCGAGAGCGAGCCUUACGACGACGAGGAGUUCGAAGGUUACGAAGACAAGCCGGACGUGUCUCCCAGCAAAAACAAAGAUCCCAUAACGAUCGUCGACGUCCCCGCACACCUGCAGAACAGCUGGGAGAGUUACUACAUGGAGAUUCUGAUGGUGACCGGGCUGCUGGCCUACAUCAUGAAUUACAUCAUCGGCAAAAAUAAAAACCACCGCCUGGCCCAGGCCUGGUUCAACACCCACCGGGAACUGCUGGAGAGCAACUUCGCCCUCGUCGGGGAUGAUGGCACCAACAAAGAAGCCACGAGCACGGGGAAGCUGAACCAGGAGAACGAGCACGUCUACAACCUGUGGUGUUCGGGCCGUGUGUGCUGUGAGGGCAUGCUUAUUCAGCUCAAGUUUCUCAAGAGACAAGACCUGCUGAACGUCUUGGCCCGGAUGAUGAGGCCAGCCUGCGACCAAGUGCAAAUCAAAGUCACGGUGAACGACGAAGACAUGGACAGCUACGUGUUCGCCGUCGGGACGCGGAAAGCUCUGGUGCGGCUGCAGAAGGAGAUGCAGGACCUGAGCGAGUUCUGCAGUGACAAGCCCAAAUCCGGGGCAAAGUACGGGCUUCCUGACUCGUUGGCCAUCCUGUCAGAGAUGGGCGAAGUCACAGAGGGAAUGAUGGACACCAAAAUGGUGCACUUUCUCACGCACUACGCCGACAAGAUCGAAUCCAUCCACUUCUCAGACCAGUUCUCCGGUCCCAAGCUAAUGCAGGAGGAAGGGCAGCCGCUAAAGCUGCCGGACACGAAGAGGACGCUACUGUUUACAUUUAACGUGCCCGGUUUAGGGAACACGUCCCCGAAGGACAUGGAGGCUCUUCAGCCGCUGAUGAACAUGGUCAUCUAUUCCAUCGACAAGGCCAAGAAGUUUCGGCUUAACAGAGAAGGCAAGCAGAAGGCCGAUAAGAAUCGGGCCCGCGUGGAGGAGAAUUUCCUGAAGCUGACUCACGUGCAGAGGCAGGAGGCCGCCCAGUCUCGCCGGGAGGAGAAGAAGCGGGCCGAGAAGGAGCGGAUCAUGAACGAGGAAGAUCCCGAGAAGCAGCGCAGGCUGGAGGAAGCGGCUCUGCGGCGGGAGCAAAAGAAGCUGGAGAAAAAGCAGAUGAAGAUGAAGCAGAUCAAAGUGAAAGCCAUGUAGACUCCCGUCAGGGAGCCGGACCGCCCGGGCCGCGUGGAAACUCGGACCUCACAGGGUACCAAAAACCCGUCCCCCCUCGACUUCCGUCAGACGCUCUCAGCCCCUGGGCUCCCUCACUACACCGGGCCGGCUUAGGCGGCCGGCCGGACCCCCGCAAGAGACACGCGGGCCCCCGCAAGGGCCCUCCGCCUGGGUAUUUUUCUUCCGGACGAUCAGAUUAUUGCCGUGUAUUUUUUUAAAAGGAACGCCGUCGACUCUCUCGGUUCUCCGGGUUUGGUCUUUACUCGCCACGCGAUCCCGCGGCGCCGGCGCGGUCUCGGCGCUCUGCCGGCGCCGAGUCGGCGAGGAAGCGGCAGGCGAGAAUUUGCAAGCGGGUGGCUCUCCCACCGGAUCCCGACCGGGCUCUACACCGAGAUCCUCAAACGGGGUGUUGAGAUUGAACAAUAAACGGUUCUUGGUCUUUCUCU